AUGAUCGGCUUCCGCGUCAGACUCUCGACGCAGGAUGCCAUGAAGCAAAUCAAGCAUAAGAUUGUAGAUGGCCGUUCCAGUGACGUCAGGGAUCUGCUCGGUCUGGACCUCGAGAAGGAUUUCGACAACGUGCUCCACACCUUCAUCGUCAAGAUCAUUUCAGACCUGAAUCGAAAGGCCAAGCUUCGCAUUGGAGACUUCCGCUCCGAAGAAGUGCCCCUCGGAGGGCGGGGCACUCCUCAGGGCGCCGUCAUCUCCCCCACACUGUUUGAUAUCUGCAUGAUUGGUCUUUCUGACAGGUCGGCACGCGUCGAGGACGUCGAGCACACCAUCUACACCGACGACAUCACCAUAUGGUGCUCCGGCGGCUGCGAGGGCCGAGUCGAAGAAGCCAUGCAGGAGGCGAUCGACCUGAUCGAGGACCUUUUCAAGCUGCUUGCCAUGCUUUCUGCUGCAGCUGCUCCUCGUACCCUGCACGCGGCGCAGGCGCAGAGCUGUGCAUAUUUCUGA